AUGAGAAAGAGACUUGUUCAAGUUGUGUUACUUCUUUUUGGGUCACUCCUUGCGGAUGGAGCAACAAAAGAGUGGUCGAGCUUAGCAACAUCAGGGCAGUUACGAUGGUCAGAUGCCUCAAAUUGGGUCAACAACAAAAUUCCUGAAACUGAAGACAUCGUUCAAGUUACUGUGGAUGGUUCAUACACUGUCAUCGCUGACAAAGAUGUGGCCAUUAACACUCUUAUAAUCGGUUCUGGAUCCUCAAAUAUCCGAUUGACUAUUGGCACUGGAAUUAGCUACAAUGUUAGUGGAUUAGCAAUCAUCCUGUGCCCUUCUGUGACAAUUCUUGGUAAUUUGAUUGUGGAUACUCUUCAGUGGUCUGGCAAGUAUUUGGAUGGAAGUACAAACAUAGGAUCAUCAUUAACAAAUGGCCAAUUAACUAUAAGCUCGUUGCUUGUAGUAGAGCGUGGUUUGUAUCGUCAGAAAUAUCUAAGAGAUGUCACUGUUAAGAACAAGAACAAUUUGACAAUUGACACAUCAAUGAACAGCAAUGAUUGCUAUUUGUAUUGCCAGUACUGUACAGUUAUAAAUGAGAAGAAUGCCACCUUCUUAUCCAAUAAAGUUAGGAUGAAUUUGAAUGGUCGGCCUUCACAGUCAGAUGGUGAUGGAUUUGGUGCUGGAAUUAUCAACCAAGGUCAUCUCAUCAUCACAUCUAGCAGGUCAUCCUCAUACAGAUACUGGUACUGGGACAUUCGUAACUCAGGAACUGUAAAAGUGUUGUCAGGGUAUUAUGGAACCAGUUCCUACGUUUACUUCUACAAUCGGAUAAUCAAUAAUGGAUUAUUUCAAGUGUACAUGAGUUACGUUUACUUUCAGAGCAAUUCAUGGCUUCAGCCUUCCAAUGGUUCAUGGGAGAUCUACGGUUUUCCAUUUCGUUACCAGAAUGCACCCAGACCACAGGGAGAGGGAUAUCAGUGGCAAUGGAAAGAGUACCUACGUGAUGUUUACCAGAAUAAAAGUGCAGAUCUAUGGGAUCCAAAUUAUAUCCCAAGCAUAUAUCUUCGACACAUGACAAGUGGACGGGAUCUACACUUCAACAAACUGACAAUGUUUGGGCGUGUCUUAUUUCGGACAAAUAGUAUACGAGCAACGACUAUCUAUUUCUCAAGUGGCUUUCGUCUUGGAAAACUAGGAGAGAUGCAGUUGCAACGGUACUCAUCAAGUUCUAACAACAACAAUGACAACAAUAAACUUGUAAUCGGUAAAUCAGGAUCAGGAUACUUUGAUGUGAACUUGGCAACUAUUGGAAGUGGAUGGAGUGUAGAGAUAGGUUCUGGAAGUCGAGUGACUACAUACAGACGACUUGUUGUCCAAGAAGGAGCACAGUUUAUUGUUCAACCAGGACCAGGUCAUGUCAAUUUCAUGAAGUAUGUUGUAGUUAAAAGUACAGGAACUUUGACAGUCUCUGGUCGUACCAAAACUACUAUCAAUGGCAUUAUGUCCAUUCAAGGAAUGUUGAACAUCUCAAAUAGUAAUGUCAAAGUCACUACUACUGGUGAGCUUCAGUUCACUCAUGGCUCAAUUGUUGGCCAACCAGCUCAUUUGUACAUCCACAAACAUGCAACCAUCAACGGAGAUUUUGGAAAAACAAUAGAUGGCGUUACAGUCCAUGUUGAAAAGUCAAAUGAAAUCACAAGUUGUGUGAUUGCAGAAUAUUUUCAGUAUCGUUUAAAUACGGACCUUACAUCAAGAAUCAACAGCGUUUACAACUUUCCUGGGACUGGAAGUAGUAGCUACUCCCUUCCUCCAGAGUUUGAUGAUCCUGCAACAGAACCGAACACCGUUCAAUUUUUAGAUAGUCUCGAUCGUACAAAUGAACAAUAUGGCAGUAGUCCCAUUGCUGUAACUUCGACAUUUGAUUGGUUUGACACCAGCUCUGUAUCGUCUUUUACAUACCGUUAUGCAUUCAGGUUGUGGACAUUACUCCAGAUAGAUGACCAAGGAUCGUAUACAUUCUUCAUUGACAGUGCUCAUGGCAUGCGAGUUCGCCUGUGGCUGAAUGACAAAGUUGUUUUUACUGGAAAUCGGGGGCGCCACUUGAUCUCUGGAAAAGAAAAGGCUGGAUCGUUUACCUUGCAGACAGGUCUCCAUCGACUUCGACUGGAUGUUAUUCAAGAAAGCUCUUUUUGGAGACUUGAAAAUGCUCUAAUUGUGACAUAUACUGGUCCUUCAUUCAGUGAGAGACAACUCUCUCAAAACAAAUUAUUUCUAAGCAGAACAUUUAGAAAUGCUAGUAAGCAAUAUGCCAAUCCCAAAUUUAAUACUUCCAAGUUUCUUCCAUCUGAAAGUGUUCUGAAGGUUGCAGGUAAAGGUUUCCUUUUUGCAAAAAAUGGGGCAUCUCUCAUCAUUGGCAAAACUGGUGUCCUGGAAGUCAUUGACGAUAUAACCUGGUUCUCUCAUUCACCAUUUGGUUCUAAGUUCAACGUUAUCAAUUCCGGUAAAGUAAUUAAAACCGGUCACGGUGGUGUAGCAACAUUUUUUGCAAAUUACACUCACAAUGGUGGAGCUCUGAUAUCCAAAUACGGGUUCUUAGAGUUCAAAGAUGCAGCCAAAGAGAGUCAAUCAGUCCUUUGGAAUAAUCCUGCUGGUGGAAGCUGGUUUGAUGCAAACAAUUGGCUACCACCCAAAGUACCAUCUUCUACUGACGUCGUACGUAUUACAUUAGAAGGAACAUUUCCUGUUAUCAUUCCUGGUCACAAGAAUGUUACUAUUCUAUCCUUGACUCUUGGUUUUCCUUCUAGCUUUCCUGAACUUGUUGUUGGUCACUUUGCUAAACUGACAGUCACUGAUCGACUGGAUCUGUAUGCCAAAGUAAUGACCAUUAAUGGAAUAGUGUUAGCCCAGUAUGUCUCAUGGGCCGGAGAGAAGAUACGUGGUAGCACAUUCGCUGGUGAGAUCAUAGCAAAAGGCAAUUUUGUAAUAGUCAAAGGAGCAUAUAAUUCUAAGUAUCUAUCACACGUAAAUAUCACAGCCUGGAAUGGCCUUACUAUCGACUUAAGUUUAGACAACUACAACAACUACUUGUACUGUGAUAACUGCUUUCUCAUAAAUGAGUCACCAUCUACCAUGCUGGCAAACAUGAUGCAGUGGUCUGUGCAAAGCGAAGGGUCAACUAUGUCAAACGAGUUUCACAUUGGUCUCAUUAAUCGUGGCUUGUUUGUCUAUGAACUUCACCACUGCUGCAAUGCACGUUUUUACUGGGACAUUCUUAACUAUGGAGAGAUCAAGAUUGUUAACAAGGGGUAUCGAAACUCUUACACAUUUUUCAUGUAUGGAACUUUUGUAAAUAACAACUUGACCCAAGUAUAUGCAACUAACUUACAGUUUCAAAACAGUAGAUCUUUUCCUCAGACCAGCAAUGGAACAUGGAUUAUGUAUGGGCAGCCAGUGAGAUAUCAGAACGCUCCUCCUCCUGUAGGGCAAAAUCAGCCAGGUAGCUGGAAAGAAUUCCUAGCUGAUUUUUACCAGAAUGCCUCAGAUCCAACCACUGCACUGUGGGAUCCUAGAUACAAAAUUUCCAUUUUCAUUCGUUAUGCAUACUUUUCAUCUAGUUCUCCAGGGGUUUAUAGCUUCAAUAAACUUGUAACUUAUGGUGCUGUUAAUUUCAGAACUGACAGAUGCAGAUAUGUAAAACUGCGUUUCAACCAAGGCCUGUAUAUGGGAGAACAAGGAAAACUCAAUGUGCAACAGUCCUCUCCUGAUGCAAGUUGGAAUGUACUAGAAGUUGGUGACAAUGCUGGGAUGACAGUAGGAGAUGCUUACAUUCAUAAUGGUUGGAAUGUGACCAUUGGAAAGAGAUCACAUGCCACGGUUUACCGCUACAUAACAGUUUAUGAAAAUGGUAGUCUCAUAUCAAAUAAAGACUCAGUAUUAACAUUCCACGAUUAUGUCAUUGGGCACUUGUCAUCUGUUUUUGAUUUUGCUGGUAGCACAGUCACCUGUUUUUCGAAUUUCUUUUCUAACGGAGUUGUUGAAAUUGGAACAGGAAUAUUAAAGAUCUAUGGUGUUUGGAGUAUGUCUAAAGGUCAGGUGACAGGAUCUGGAGGCACUAUCUACCUUCUUGGAGGUUGGAAUGUAACCAGUGACUACGAUAAGACUCUGAAGAGUGUAAACAUUGUGCUUGAGUUACCUACAGAUUACUCUCAGACCAGAAACGGCAUUAUUGCCGAUUAUUUCCAGUAUCGUGUUGAUACUGACAGAACAUCAAGACUCUCUAGUUUGACUAAUUUCCUUCAAAUUGCAUACUUUGAUUCGUUAGCGGCAAUACCAAAUGUUGAGAGGAUUGAGCCAACAAUUCAGCACUUUCCAAAACAGUAUGGCACAGGUCCACUUUAUGUUCCACCAACUGGAGGCAAUCCAGACAUUAAUGAUCCUCGUUCUUUCACUUAUUAUUACGCAGCAAGACUGUGGACUUUCCUAAGAGUAGACGCAUCGGGUAAUUAUACUUUUUAUUUUGUACCUGGUUACAGUCUCAGACUUCGUCUUUGGAUUGAUGACCACCUGAAAGAAGCUGGCACUAAGCAAUAUUUACCAUUUCCAUCACUGAUUUCGUCUGGUCCAUACCAUCUAACAAUUGGAUAUCACAAGAUCCGUCUUGAUUAUUUAGUUGCAUCUGCCUGGUGGUCAUCAACUGGCAGCACUCUGCUAGUCUACUAUUCUGGACCAGGUUUCAAAAAACAGCUCAUUCCUUCAAACAGGCUGUUUUACCAUGAUGGAUCAAACUAUGUGAAGCCUUCUUACCCUGUAGCCAUAACAAACAUUGCUUCAAUUUCUGGAGAUGGCAUCAUUCUGGCACAAAAUGCUGUCAAUGUCACAAUUUGUAGAAAAUGUGAAAUUCGUGUUUUGGAAGAUAUUUUGUGGUAUUCAGACAAAGAAUUUGGUGGAGUGACGAAGUUCAUCAACUUUGGUUUGUUUGUCAGAACAGGAAUGCCAGGGACAGCUGUUAUAUAUGGCAAGUAUGUUGCAGCCACACAAAGCAGUAGAAAAACUGUGACUGGAUUUCUUGAAUUUAAAGAUGCUAAAGAAGCUGGUGGAUUGGCUAUUUGGGUAAACCCUGAAGGUGGUGCAUGGACUGACCCUAAAAAUUGGAACCCCAAUCGUGUGCCUCGUUCUGAAGAUACAGUGCACAUCACUCAGACUGGUAGGUAUCAGGUAAUCAUCCCCAGCUACGCGAUAGUAAAUGUAACAUCAGUCUUGGUUGGCUCCAGACUGAGCUCAGCUGAGUUGGUUAUUCAACCGUUCAGCAAAGUUUACAUUCAAGAUAGGAUUGGAGUGCACACACAACACCUCACUCUCCAAGGCCUUUUGAAGACCAACAAGAUGACAUGGACAGGACAGUAUCUAGUUGGGUCUAACAAAUUUCCGGGAAUACUAACUGUUGAUUCAUCAAUGGUGAUUGCUAAAGGCAGUUAUAGUACCAAGCACCUACAAUAUGUAACAAUUCGAAGCAAUGGUAACUUUACAGUAGACAGUGCAUUUCACUCAAACACUGAUAAACUAUACUGCAUAAAUUGCCUGAUUUGCAACUAUGGCACAAUCUUGCUGUCUGGUGCAAGUUGGCAUCAAACUUUCAGCUUAAACUCACCGCGUCCAGACAGUUUUAAGUAUGGAAUAGCCAACUAUGGUGACGCUGUAGCUGAACUGCAGACACAACCAUCAUACAAUUCAUACUUCUAUUUCUACUGGGACAUUCUUAAUUAUGGCAACUGGUCAGUAAUUUGUAAGAGCUUGAGUAGUAGUAGCUGUACCUUUAAACAACACAGUCUCAUUACCAAUUAUGGCAGACUACGUUUCUACAUGACAUCUAUCCACAUUGAAAACUCUGGGAUGUCAGUUCAGUUGCUACAAACAAAUGGGACCUGGGAAAUGUUUGGCAAACCAUAUCGAGACAACAAUCUUGAGCAACCUCCUGGCUAUCAGAAACAAGGAGACUGGCAAGAGUACAUUGAUCAUGUGUAUAAGAACAUCAGCAUGGGAGUUUGGAAUGUAGAUUACCAGUAUCGUCUUUAUCUUAACACCUUGCAUAAUGUAAAGUUGUAUUUUAAUGAUUUUCGUGCUUAUGGUCGAAUCUUGAUACAAUCUUAUCAAUGCAGGCAAACUGAGCUAUAUUUUGAUACCAGACUUGAUCUCGGUUUUCAAACUGAUUUAAACUUGCGCAAAUAUUCAUCUUCCACAGAUGGAAAUCAUUUAAUUUGUGGAUCUAACAGUAUAGUGACUUGGCGACAAAACACAUUGGAGCAAGGAUGGAGUGUCAAUGUUGGAGAAAGCAGCAGCCUGACUUCAUCAGGUCGAAUUCUUAUUAAUGGGGGAGCCAGUUUGAAAGUUUCUACUGGCUCCUCUGUUUUUCUAAAAGAGUCACUAGUUUCCCUCGUGGGAUCUGAACUUCGACUGAUCGAAAGUCAAGUAGUUGUUACUGAUUGGUCUCACAAAGGAACAGCUUUACUUGAUUCAUCAACAGUUGAAGUGACUGGAAAACUUGAGUGGGAGCAAGGUUCACUGUCAUCAACAAGAAAAAGCCUAUUAAAAAUUCAACGCAUUUGCUUCAUCUACAGCAAUUUACUGAAAACACUUUCAGGCUUGAAUGUUUAUAUUGAAUCACCUAAACAAGGUGAGACAUUGGGUAUUGUCGCUGAGUACUUUCAAUAUCGAGUGGCAACAUCAACGACAACGCGUCUCAAUGGUUUAUAUUACUUUCCUGGUGAAACUUCUUCAACAUCUUCAUAUGUGCUGCCUACAAAUUUUGAUACACCUAGCACAAAAGCCAAUGUCAUGAGGAUUGAGUCAUCUCUGAAACGUGUACCUCAAUAUUAUGGCAAUGCUCCUCUUGUGUAUCUGUUAGACUCAAUAUCUUAUGAUUCAAACUCAGCAAAGUCGUUUACAUACAGAUAUGCAGCCAGGCUGUGGACUUACCUGAAGAUAGACAAAUCAGGCCAAUACACAUUCUAUUUUCAGACUGGUUAUGGUAUGCGUCUAAGGUUGUGGAUAGAUGACAAGAUAUAUAUUAGAACUCGUCAGUACCUCUAUUUCAGUCGGGAGGAAGAAUCAUCUGAGAUUACUCUUCAAGCUGGGUAUCACAAGUUGCGCAUAGACUACAUGCAACAAUCAUCAUAUUGGACGUCUCGUGGUGGUAUCAUGUUGGUGUCUUAUAAAGGUCCUGGUAUUAGCAAACAGACUAUUCCAGAUAAUAAACUGUUUGCCGUCCGAGUUAUCAAUGGAAGACCAACUGCAGCAGCUGUAAACUUGAAAUUGCUUACUAAUACAAAUGUGUGCAAAUCCAGUUUGUCAUUGUCAUCCCUGCUGGAUGAUUAUAGUGCAAGUGUUAGUCACAUGUCCAUAGAAGGUAAAGGAGAGUUGCUUACAGAGAACGGAGUAAACAUUACUAUUGGCAAAUCUGGAAUUCUCGAGUUAAAGACCGACACCGACUGGCCUAGGGCUCUCGGCCAACACACAAAAUUGAAAAUAGAAGGAAUGGUAGCCAAGAGCAACGGCACUGGCAAGAUCAACUUAAAUACAGAGUUUGAAAUACUGUCAUCAACAGGCUGUCUUAAAGCCAUUUCAGGAACAUUGGAGCUCGGUAUUACAAAAAUAAAGUAUAGCAGGAAUCGACUCUGUCUUCAUCAGGAAUAUUGUUGCUAUGGAAAGGUGGCAGUGGCCGAUGGGAAGACUCCAGCAAAUGGAAUAAAAGGUGCAUUGAUACCUAAUGUCAAUGAUGAUGUACGCAUUCAAUCACCCGUCACUGAUGAAAUUACACUGAACAGCCUUGUCACAGUAAAGACACUAGACAUAAGUGGAGCACGACUUGUUGUAAUGAGUUCCAGUUGCCUGACUGUCACUGAUCGCUUCAUUCAUUCAUCAGAACGACUUGACAUAUAUGGGGUAUUGUUGGUAAAAUCUUUCACUUGGUCAGGUCAGUACAUAUAUGGAUCAUCACAAAAUGAAGGGUUAGGUACGCUCGGUACAAUCACUAUCACUGACAAAAUGCUUAUACAGAAAGGUUCACAUAGGUACAAAACUUUUUAUGAUAUUGAUUUGUACUCUAUGAAAAAUUUGACUGUUGAACAAACAAUGGAGUCUUCUUCAAGCCUUACGUGCUCAAAUUGCAUUGUCAAUAUUGCCAGUGAUUCACUCUUUUUUCUUCCUGGUGUGAAUUUGUAUUCUGGAGGGACAAGCAAUCAGAGACCAACCCAAUCAGAUGGCUUCAGAUGGGGACUUAUCAACUAUGGCAAUAUCGUGAUGGCUAAUCAACGUUCACCAUCAUGGAGAUGGGACACAAGAAACUAUGGCAAUCUGACUAUUGUAUGUGUGUAUUACUCCAGCACAUAUUUGGUAUCUUUCUAUAACAAUCUGUUGUUCAACAAUGGAACAAUUACGUCAUACUCAUCCAGCUUGUAUUUCAGUAAUAAUGUCAAACUCAUGUCAAUUGAAGGCAGCCUACAAGUGUAUGGGGUUCCAGGCAUUUAUGCAUCAAAUUAUGAUAUCAUACCAGGUCAUCGUAAACCAUGGUUGUACAAAGAAUACAUACAUUAUGUGUAUGAAAAUCAUACAUACAUGCCAAUGAUUUGGGACUUAAAGCAAACUGUUUCAAUUAAAUUUCAGUCAUUCAACAAAAAAGAAGUAGUUGUUUCAAAUCUACGAACACAUGGAAAAAUAAAUAUGUACCUUUACAGUUGGCAACAAAGUCAGUUUGUGGUAUGUGAUAGCCUGUAUAUGUCUCCUGAAUCAAGCCUUCAGCUAGGACAAUAUGGAUCAUCUUCAUCCUAUGCCAACAACACCUUUGCAGUUGGAGAGAAUGCUACUGAAGUAGUGUUUGGGGAUGUUUCUAUCACAUCGCCAGGAUAUGCACUGCAAGUAAACUCUACGAAAGUGAAUGCCACCUUCAGACGAGUCAUUAUCAGCGGGAGCUUUUUUGUCAACAGCUUGUCCAUAACUGUGACUCGUGAGCUGCUGAUUGGGCCCAAUGGGACACUCAUGACUCAAAACGCCAUUUCUUCAAACACCGUCAAUACGAUUAGUCUUCAAAAUUUGCUAACAAUGGGACCUGCUGUGUUUAAGUCUGCUAAUGUCAUUGUAUUGGGCAAAUUCUUAUGGAAACAAAGUCAUAUUAAGGGUAAAAACACGUUAUUACAUAUUAAACGACUUGGUGAGAUAUCUGGACAUCAUGAGAAAAUUCUUGAUGGAAUUAAAAUGAUUGUCGGAGCUCCAACUAAGGUAUGCCCUAAGUUGGGAGUGAUAGCAGAGUAUUUUCAGUAUCGUGUUCCAACUGCAACUACUCCAAUAAUGAGUUCUAUCUACAGAUACUAUUAUCCUGGUAGUACUACAUCUAAUAACGUGUUGCCACAACAGUUUGAUAAUACGUCAGCAGUGCCCACCUACACAAAUAUAGAGUCUGGCAUCUCUCGCUUGUCUCAAAAUAAUGGUAAUGCCCCACUAGAUUUCAAUGAUUAUGAACCCCAUAACAUCAAUAUCAAUUCCCCUCUAUCUUUCACAUACAACUAUGCUGUAAGGUUGUUCACUUUUUUCAAGAUCAACCAGAGUGGGAACUACACAUUCUAUUUUAUCACUGGUUACGGUCAAGUUCGUCUUUGGAUUAAUGAUCAAGUCUAUUUCACUGGACGAAGGUACAAAAACUUUAUGGCAGAGCAGAAGACCCAAGACCUCUAUCUCAGUGUAGGCUUUCAUAAAUUACGAGUGGACAAUUUCAUUAUAUCUAAUUACUGGAACACACGUGGAAGUAUGUUGUAUGUCCUCUAUGAAGGCCCAGGAGUUUUCAAGCAGACAUUGCCUGAAAAUAAACAAUUUUAUUGCAAAGUUAAUGAUGCAACAGGUUUGAAUGAGUACGCUACUAGCAAUCCUGGAGAGUUAAGUUAUAUGAGCGUUGGUGGACAAGGUUUGAUUUUGUCUAGAAACAAGGCAUCAGUAACAGUAGAGCAGUCAGGCCACCUGGAUUUUGUGUCCAACACAGUGUGGUAUUCAUCUGGCAACUUUUUGUCUGUAUUCUAUAAUUAUGGUGUGAUAAGCAAAACAGGUCCAUUAGGGUCAGCCACUGUAUGUGGUUUGUACAAAAAUAAAGGUGGAACAUUGAUGCACAACAGUGGACAUGUUGAAUUCAAGCGUCCUUCUUCAGGAGGAUGUGGUUUUGUAUUUUGGAACAAUUCUGCAAAUGGGGCGUGGACCAAUCGUUACAACUGGAAUCCUGCACGUGUUCCUGAUGAGACUGAUUUGGUUUAUAUUACACUACCCGGUUCUCCCGUUGUUGUUAUUCCGACAGCAUACUAUGCUCGUGCCAACACUUUGAUUGUUGGUGGUGCUGACAGUAAUCCUCAGCUCAGAGUGGAAUUGUACAGCAAGCUAAACGUCACUAACCGCAUGGACAUAUUUUCGAAUACAUUGAUUGUGACAGGAACUGCAGAUGUGGGACAACUUACAUGGAGCGGCAAAACCAUUAAAUCUGGUUUAACUUCGCCAACUGAUUUUGGUGUAAUUACUGUCCACAAGAGUUUCAAUAUCAUCACAGGAGUAAAUACCAGCAAAUAUAUCAAUAACGUGCACAUCAUCAGCAAAGGAAAUCUGACUGUUGAUAUGUCUUUGUACCAGUAUAAUGUCAGUAUUUGGGGCUCAUUUUGCAAGCUGAGCAACUUGGGCUAUAUGUUGAUUGUUCCCAUUCCUCUUGAAGUCAGUGGUAAACAAGCUAUGUUAGAAAACAAUGGCACUUUAGCCGUAGAUAUGAGAACACGAUCAAUAUCGUGGUAUUGGGAUGUGGUCAACAAUGGAAAGUUUGUACUCUACUGUGCUCACUGUAUGCAAGGCAGUUCUUACUCUCUUCAUUUCUAUGGAAAAAUAAACAACAGGGCUGCAAUAAUUAGCUAUGGAACUGGGCUAAUCAUAUAUGGCACUAACUCAAGUAAUCAUUAUCUUGGAACAGUAGUUGUCAAAGGUGUUCCAUCAUGGAAGAGUGGAACCAACAACCCAUCUCUGCAAACAUAUGGGAAUUGGAGUGAGCAUGUCAAUGAGUUGUAUAAAGAACCUGUAUUGUGGGAUGUACGAUAUGAAACAAACGUGAACUUCUAUGUUCGUAGCCCUCACGGAUACAGGUUUGAUUCCUACAGGACAUACGGAAGAAUCAAUACAACAGUUAUCUACUUAACAAAACAAAGUAACACUCCUGUCUUGAUGUUUCAAAAAGAACUUUUUGCAUCAAAAGACUCAGUAUUCUAUUUGAAGUCAACAAUCUAUAAUGCACAAGUUGCAUUUGGAGAUGGAGCUACAGUAAGUGUGGAUUGUCUUCGUAUGCAAGGUAGAUGGGUCAUGAAUUUGACUGGCACAAAGUUUACAACUGCUAGAUAUGUAGCCUUAGAAUCCAACAGUCAUGUUGUAUCCAGUGGAUCAACUGCUGACCUCCAGGUGAAUGAGUUCAUGUCUCUACAACAAAGUGCCGUUGCUUCAUUGUCUCAUGUCAACAUAAACAUAAGAGACGUCUCGUUAGCUGGAAAGCUACACCUAAUAAAUGCCAAGGCAGAUGUCACAGGGAAAUUUGAAUGGACAGAUGGUACUUUGGAAGGAGAUGAAGGUCAAUUAAAUCUUUAUGGCGAAGGAGCUAUUUCUAGCGAUUUUGUAAAGACAAUGGAUGGAAUUACUAUAAAACUAGAAGCAAAGACAGCUGAAGUAGACUACUCCGGUGUUGUAGCUGAAUUUUUUCAAUAUCGAGUGGCUACUGCUGUGACUACUCAAAUAGAUAGCAUACGUUCCUAUUAUGCUCUUGGCUCAUCAAGUUCAUCUGGGUAUCUUCCUAAACAUUUUGAUAAUUUGACCUACACUCCCAAUGUUGUACGAAUUGACUCAUCUUUGACUCACCUCUCAACCAGGUGGGGAAAUGGUCCCAUCAAGUAUCUUACAUCUGGCUAUGGCGUUGACUAUUCAUCUCCUGAAUCAUUUACAUACAACUAUGCUGUUCGAUAUCUAACCUUCCUACACAUUGCCACUAGUGGCAUGUACAGAUUCUACUUUGUCACUGGAAGAGGUCGACUUCGUCUGUGGAUUGAUGAUCAAAAGCUAUUCGAAGGACGAUAUUACACUAGUUUUCUUGAAGAGCAACCAACUAGCUCUUACAGCCUAACUGCUGGAUAUCAUAAAUUACGUGUUGAUCUGAUUGUGGCACCCAGCUAUUGGGAUUCAUAUGGAAGCAUGGUUAUUGUCAAACUGGAAGGACCUGACAUUCCAAAGCAAAUUCUGUCAGCUCAGAACUUAACUUAUGCAUAUCGCAAUGGCUUAACUUGGGUAUACGCAAGUAAUCAUGUGCCUUAUAAUAAACCACGCAGUGUUCUGUCAUUUGCAGGAGAAGGAUUGGUUGUUGCUAAGUCAGGAUCUGUUCUUAAUGUCACGUCAUCGGGAAGUCUACAAAUUCUGGAUGAUGUCAUUUACUACUCACAUUCAGCACUAGGCGUCACUGCUCGAAUAAUCAAUUCUGGUGUUAUCAACAAGACUGGUGAUGCUGGUAUAGCCACAUUUUAUGCUGUUUAUGACAACCAAGGUGGUCAGCUGAUUGAGACUGUGGGAAACAUAGAAUUCUUAGAUGCCGACAAACAUGGUAGAGUAGCUUUGUGGAAUAAUCCUAAUGGUGGCAGUUUCCUAGAAGCAACAAACUGGAUUCCACCCAGAGUACCUCGAGCAGUCGACAUUGUCUAUGUCACUCUUGCUGGUACAUACAAAUUCAUAAUUACUAGUCCAAUCCCUAUUAAUGUGCAAUCUCUAAUCUUGGGUUCUUCAAAAAGCAAGCCAGAUGUAUUGAUUGAGCAUCUCACUACAUUGAUAGUCACUCAUCGUCUAGACAUUCACACUGAUCAAGUUGAACUGCAGGGAUCAAUAAUUACAAGUCAUUUUAGUUGGAGUGGAUCAGUCAUAAGAGGCACAGCUGAAAUAGAAAAAGCCUCUAUCACAGUCCAUCAGACAAUUGUUGUUCUCCGUGGAGACAACUCCAGCAAACAGCUCCAUAAGGUCAAUCUAAUUAAUCAUGGAAAUAUGACAAUUGACCAAACGAUGGCUAAUGGACAAAUUAACUGCCAAGACUGCCGACUAAUAAACAAACACCAAGCUCGCAUCGUUUCCUACAGUUGUAAUCUAUAUGGAUCUACAAAAGAAGAUUCUCCUGAUGACGAGGGGUUUGUGUAUGGUCUUAUUAACUACGGGGUAUUUUCUCAAAUAUGGGCUACCGACACAAAGACUGUUAGCUUAAAAUGGCACAUGAAAAACUAUGGACGCAUUGUUCUGCUUAACACUAAUUAUAACUCUGGACAUUCUUUUGUAUACGUACACCAUUUAAUCAAUAAUGGUGCUAUCGAAUCAUACAUGGUGUCUCUCUACCUCUAUUCUGCCACACUUCCUUCUGCAAAGGGAAGUUGGAGUAUUUCCAGCACUCCAGCCAGGCAGCAUGGACUAAAAGCCCCAUCCUGGAACUCAGAUGGAUACCAUGUUACAGCUCAAUACAACAGAUUCAUCCAUGACAUGUAUCAAAAUGCCACAUUGGAUGUUUACAGUCCAGGUGGGUUGUGGAAAUGUUGCUCUGUGUCACUUUACUUGAGAAAUGUUUAUCCCCCUUAUAUACGAUUUCAGUCACUGAAUACAUAUGGUUGGGUAAAUAUAUACCUUUCUUCCACUAGUUAUGGUUCAAGGGUAUACUUUGAUGGUACAACAAAACUGUCUGCAAAUACUGUGUUUAGAGCAGAUGGCUCAAGGACAAGAAAUAACACAAUAAUAUUUGGCAACAAAAGCAUAACACAGUUGGGGCUUCGGACAUAUUUGUCUGGUGGCUGGACAGUCUUGGUAAAAGAAAAUGCAACAUUAAUUUGUCUCGGUGAUGUGUCUCUUGCACACAAUUCAUAUGUCAAUAUCAGUAAAGGACCUGACAUUGUGGUUGCUGGACAACUGAUUGUUGAAGACUUUGCUCAUUUCAAUGUCCAUAGUCGGAGCAUCAUAGUUAAGGGAGAGUUCUAUGUGGCUUCUCAUAUCAACUUGACUAAUUCUCAAAUUUUCUCAGAAAGAAGGAUGCAUUGGACUAGAGGAGACAUUAUGGGAAAAUCUGGUCACGUGUUUGCUCAAGGAGGAGUGGACAUUUAUGAUCAGUACUUCAAGACUCUCAAUGGUGCCACUUUGUCUCUUGAUGCAAAACAGUGGCACUCAUCUUCAGGUGUUAUUGCCGAGUACUUCCAAUACCGUGUCCAGACGGAUAGAACUCCUCAACGAAGCUCUCUGUAUAGAUAUUAUUCCGAUUGCAAAACAUGCAGUAACUCCGUUCCACAGGCAUUUGACGACCCUAUGACUGCAUCAAAUGUAGCUCGAAUUGAAAAUAAUGUGAACCGCAAACCUCGACGAUACGGACACGGUCCUCUGAUGUAUGAUCAAUCGGGUCGUACUACUGACUACUCUUCGGCUGGAAGCUUUACAUACAACUACGCUGUUAGAUUCUCAGCGUUCUUCCAUGUUUGGUACGCUGGACUGCAUGACUUCUAUUUCCUAACUGGACGGCGACCAGUCCGCCUGUGGAUUGACGGUAGUAAGAGAUUCACUGGUAAAAGUUAUACAUCCUUCCUAGAAGAGCAGAAAACGAGUGUCAAUUUGAGUGAGGGAUAUCAUUUACUACGCAUUGACAACAUUCAGACAUCUGCAAGCUAUGAGGACAACUCGCUAAUUGUGUCAUACUCUUCCGCCUACACUACCAAACAACCUUUGUCAGAUCACAACCUUUACUACAAGAUUGUAGUAAACGGAUCUAUGCAGUAUGCCUCUCCUGCUUUCAAAAUACUCAAAGACUCAAGCGUUUGCUUAUUGAAUGACUCGCUCAAGGAUUUGCAGUCUUACAAUAUGGGUGUUAGCUAUGGUAUUAUCCGAGGCAGUGGUAUGUUCUUGCCUAUUAACGGCUCUGCAAUCUUUGUAGAGCAAACGGGAGUGCUAGAUCUUCAGUCAGACUUCAGCUGGCCGUAUGAUGCAUCCCUAGGUGACAGAACAUAUCUUAAAGUUUCCGGAUUGAUUGGAAAAUCAGAUGGAAUGGGAAAUGUCAGUCUCAAUUGCAUUUUUAACAAUGCCAGAGGAUGCAAAAAGAUAGAAAGUGGCUCUAUAGAUUUUGGAGUUGCAGGAACAACUAACCAUAUACCUCCCAUUACUCACUCUGUUAGCACAGUCGUACUUUCAGAGUCAACGCAUGCAACAUCAAAAAUGGAAUCUACAGAACGACAAAUGUCAACUGCAUUCACUCUUCCGUCUGAGUCAAAAUCUCAAGAAAGUAACCGUGAAGGUGGUCUCAGUCUGAGUGUUGUUGUUGGAGUACCAAUUGCAGCUGUUCUUCUAUUGAUUAUUGGGAUUGUUGUUACUUACAAGUUGGUCCAAGCCAGGAAAGGAAGUUCGUUACAGAGAAAUGAAAACGACAUCAUAAGUGGUGACACACAGCAGCACUUUGCUAAUCCUGUCUAUGAAGGCACGCAGCAGCAACCACUUAAUAGCAGUACACUUUGCACAUCAUCUCCAAACCAGAGUGCUAAUACGGACUCACAUAACUACGAGUCAGUUGAAUAUUUUCAAAAUGUUUUACAAGCAUCAAACAGUGAUAAACCACAGUAUGAGGUAGUUCUUGAAAGCUCACCAGCUGCUACAACUAUUGGAUACACCCGAUUGGGAGUUCACCACACACAAAAAAGUUUCAAACCAGAGCACCAGUAUCAUAAGCCCACAAAGUGAUCAUAAGUACUACGUAAAAAUGGUUUGUUACAAACAACUGCUGAAUGUAAUGUUGCCUUUCUUGUAGAUGUAUUAGUGUUAUAUGCCACACAGUUUUCAAAUCUUGUGUGCAUGGUAUGUCUUUCAUUUCAUGUUUCCUGUUUCUCCUGUAUCAAACGUAAAUUUGACAAUAAAUGUUACAACCUUGC